CGAAACGACUGUGCGUAUGUGUGCGUGUGUGCGUGUGUGUGUAUAGUACGUAAAGUAACUGCUCCCAGUGUCUCCGAUUCAAAAAAGAAAAAAGUCGGCUUUCUUUUCGAUUCCGUUUCUCCCUCUCUCUCUCUCUCUCUCUUUUCUCUCUCCCUCUUUUCGUUUUUUUCCUUUCGUUCAUCGCAUUUUGACAAUAAUCCUUGUCGCUUCAAUCACAACCAAAUCAAAUUAAAAAAAAAAGAAAGAACUCACUAGCAUGACCUCACUUUAUCCACCUCACAACGGAAUGAUUAAAGGCCGAAAACGCCGACUUUCCGAAGACGAAGACAUGGGUGAUGCCUCGGCGCCAUUACCAAGCUCACCCCUUCGAAAUCACCAUCACCGUCCUGUUCUUCAUGGCAACAACAGCAACCACGACAUUAACAAACGCUACAAAACCGGCAUGACGAAACAAUCAGGCACUGCAGCCAUGUUAGCUUCGCUGGACAAGGACAAACUCAUUCAUAUCGUACACACGCUCUUUGACACGCACCCAGAACUACGACAAGACAUUAUGAACUACAUACCAGCACCCAGUGUGCAUACCGCAGCACGUGUGCACGACAGCUUCCCCUAUAACCGCAACGGUCCCUCUAGAAAUGACUAUACAUUCUCACGAGUACGCGGUGCCCUUGUUGAGCUGAUCGACACUGCCAUCCAAUACGCCGAUCAUUUUACAUCAUCCACAGCAUUUCCACCACAGGCAUUUGCAUUCUUACACAUGGCCACUAGCUUAGCACAUCGGUUGCCGUUGUGGGACAGUGAAGAAAACAACGAACUUAAACGGGAUUUGUACCGGGUUCUUGACGAGUGUUGGAAGUCAGCAUCACGGUAUGCUGCAUCCAAGAUUCGGGAAGGAGAGUCGUAUAGCCUUCAGGCGGUGAAGGAGUGGGCCAAAAAUUUGGCGGAGCACAAUCACUAUACAGGAAACCUAUUCUUCACGGAAGCAGUGCAGGAGUUUUCCAAACGGCUAGGAUUCUUGAUCGGACUGCCGCACAACGAAGCACCACAUGACGCUCCAAUAUGCCAUCACCCUGCACAAAGUGACAUUGCUCGCUUGGCUUCUCCCCCACGCGUUGUUGGCUAUGCUGAUGCACGGAGAUAGACUGACUUGGCUUCUUUCUUUCAACUCCACACGUUUACAUCAUCCGCACUACUUUCUUUUUUCUCUCCCCCAAACGAACCAAGCCCCCCCCCCUCCCUCCCACCCAGUGCUACCCAUUAUCCUAUUCAUCCUCAGUAUAUCCACACACACACACACACACUCUCUCUCUCUCUCUUUUUCUCUCUCAAGCCAUAUCUGCCUUCUCCCCUUUCGGUUAUCCUAUCUCUAAGCAACAUCCACACUGCCACAAUCACCCUUUGUUCGCACACAAACG